CUCUAAGGGCAACCGUCCAAUGAAUGUAAGUACAGAACACAUCCAUCUUUUUCGAGAGGUCGCGGCGGAACUACUUCCGGAUCCUAGAGAGCGUUUAUUCCGUGACCAGUGGAAACGGUAGCCAUGGCAACGUGUUCUUCACCCUUUCCCAUCUAUAUCUGGGGUUACGUUGGGAGUGAUUCCAGCACGACUUUCGCGGCCAGCGUUCUCGUGUGGCGGCGCUUCUCGGAAAGGAGAAACACGCGAGAGAGUCCUAACUUAAACUGGAUUGUUUUUCAACUCUGAUCUGUCCCUUGGUUGGCAUCUCUCACCUUCCAAUACUGAUAAGAAACAAUUUUCAAGAAAGAUUUCCACCUGUUCAUAGUAAACAUAAUUGGGAAGAAGAUUAGAAGCAGUGGGGGUUGGUGGCUGUGCUAGGAUGAAAAUUGUGAUAUUUUAUGCAUAGUGUUGUCCCCAAGCAAAGAGAAAUGAGCCAGAAGACAAAUGAGAAUGUACAAAGGUAUACCCAAUUCCUUCAAAAGCCCCAGAAACCCAUUCAGCCUUACAUCUGCUCGACUCUGAAUGAUUUUCAAGAAGAGAGAGACUUUUUGGCAAACAACAUCUUCCCUCAGCUUAAUGAACUCUGCAAUUCCCGGGGCACAUAUUUCAAAGCCGUGGACCUGAGUUGGUCAGAAUUAAAGGCCCCAAAAUCCUUACCCACCCACCUGUUUAGACAGUAUUCUUGUCUUCAGUCCCAACAUCUGAAGCUCUGCCUUGACUAUGUGAACAGCUGCUUUCCCUUUUUCAUCUGCAUGCUGGGUCAGACGUAUGGAGACUUCCUCCCCGACUACUCACAUUUCAUGACCUCCAAAGUGACUCGCUUGUCAAGCUUAUCCAAAGUAGAACAGAAUCUCUAUGUUGCUGCAAAAAACGGUUAUCCUUGGGUUCUGGAGAACCCCAACUGCAGUCUGACGGAGUUUGAGAUAAUCCAAGCAGCAUUUCUGAAUGAAUCUCAAUUUCAGUAUUUUUACUUUAGGACUGGAACCACACUGCUGAAGGCUUCAGAUGAUGAGGAAAAGGGAGAGAGGCUGCCCUUGAGUUCUUCAACGAACGAAGAGGAAAAAUUGAGGAUUGGAAAGCUUAAGGCCAAGAUUAUUAGUAAAGGGCUCCCUGUGAGAUUUUAUAGUGGUCUCCACGAGUUGGGUGAGCUGGUUUUCAAGGACUGGUCAGUUGUGAUAGAAAAACUUCACCCAGCCACUUCAAUGAUUGAAAAUAUAGACUACAAGCACAGCUUUGAACGUUUCUAUCACGAAGAGUUUACUGAGAAGUGCAAGCAGAUGUUUGUUAUUUCCAAGGAGUCAGACAGGACCUUUGAAAUCCUGGAAAAAUUUGCCUUAAAGGAUGUGGAACUUGAUUUUAACAAUGUGGCAGCAGGUUCCAGUUUAGAUUCUGUCCCUAGAUUUUUCAGAAUAAAUCCUAUUCCAACUUACAAGUCUAUUUUGCUCUUGUCUGGAGAACAUGGUUGUGGGAAGUCUACUCUGAUUGCCAACUGGGUUAAUUACUUCAAAAAGAAACAUCCGAGCAUGUUGUUGAUUCCUCAUUUUGUGGGCAGCACCUGUGAAAGCAGCGACAUCAUGUCUGUGAUCCAUUACUUCAUCACAGAAUUACAGUACAGAAACUACGGUACUCGGCUCGAAACAGAUAUUCUUAAUGAAGACUCAGAUGACUUGGUCUUUUCACUUCUUGUGGAAGUGUUCAUUGCUUCCAUCAGUUUAAAACCAUGCAUACUUGUACUAGAUGGAAUUGAAGAACUGAUUGGCAUUUAUGGGAUUUCAGGUCAGAAGGCAAAAGAUUUCUCCUGGCUGCCACACUCACUCUCCCCUCAUUGCAAAUUUAUCAUGAGCACCGUCUCUUCCAGCCUGUCCUACAAGUCAUUGUGUGCCCGCCCGGAUGUGAGGACAGUGGAACUCAUUAGCACAGGAGAUGAAGAAACAAAAUUAAACAUCUUUAGAAAGCAUCUCUCCAUUCCCAACAUGGACCCCUUCCAACAGAGCAGACAGUCUUUGAGGAAAAAACCAGACCUGAGUCCUUUAAAACUCACAAUCCUAGCCAAUGAAUUGAAAGAAUGUAGAAUCUACCACAAUGAGUUUCAGUGUAUGAAGGAGUACUUGGAGGCUGUCUCUGUUCAGGAGCUCUGGGAAUUGGUUCUCAAACGCUGGAUUGAAGACUACAGUUGGACUUUUCAACCAAAAAGGUCAAAUUCAGACACUGUGGCUUCAGGAGAAGGGCUGGAUGGCUGGGUGGCCGAUGCUCUGUGCUUACUGUGCCUGUCGCAUGGUGGCUUGGCUGAGGAUGAGCUACUCCAGCUUUUGGACAUGCUGGGCUACAGGAAUCAUUGCAAAGUGGCCACUUUGCACUGGGCUGCCUUCCGCAAUGCCACCAAACAGUGGGUCCAGGAGAAGCCCAAUGGCCUUCUGUAUUUCUGGCACCAGUCCCUGAGAAGUGCAGUGGAGCACAAGCUUCUUGGUGUAAUCGCUCCUGUCAGAGAAAGCAGUCCAUGUUCAUUUCAGAGCCCAAUGAAUCACAAGAAAACAUAUUUUCACCAAGUGUUGAUCAGAUACUUCCAGCGGCAAACCUCUUUCUGGAGAGUGUAUCAAGAAUUGCCAUGGCAUAUGAAAAUGAGUGGAUGCUUGCGGGGUUUGUGCGGCUUUCUCUCAAGCCCUAGUAUCAUAGACUUUAUAUCAAAAAUCCAAAGCCCGGGCUUCUGGACAAGGCUGCACCUCAUUCACUUCUGGAAUGUAUUAUUGGAGGCCGGCUAUGACGUCUCUGAGGCCUACUUACUCUCAGCGGCCAAGAUUAAAGCAGAUCAGUGCCAUACAAUGAGGAAGAGCUGUAUAUUCUCAG